ACCUGGGAAGAGAUCAUCUGAUGACUGGCGGCGGAGGGGAACCUAGACCAGCAGGAGGCUGGUUAUGUUUUUUUUUUUAAAAUCUAUCAAAUUUGGGUCGGUUAUAUAGUUUUUUGUUAGAGGAGCUUAUGGAGUCUCCAUGGGCAACAUUGCAGGAGGCUUGUUCUCUUAGUUUGGUUCUUGUCUUUCAUACCAUACGUAAAAGUGAGCACUGGGGGUUUUUUGUGGGUGACCAGAGACCAUAAAAGUUGGUAAUUGUUAUCAUUGUUCUUAGUUUGGUCAUUUUCUUUCAUACCAUACGUAAAAAGGGAAACUGGAGAACUGGAGAACUCUUUGUCGGUAACCAAAGAGUAAGUAAGUAAUUGUUAUCAUCAUUCUUUGUUGAACUGUAUGGAGUUUUCUUGUACACGUUAAUUACUUUGAGGACCUUUUUGGUUAUUUGUUACUUAACCUAAUUACUCUAGGCAAUGUAGUAGACAUGGUAUAUUAGCUUGGAUGUUCGACCUUGAGAUGUAAGUUCCGCAGCUCAUAUUCUUUGAAGACUAAUAAGAUAAACCGAGAGCUUCGGCUCUCCAUUGAGUAGUCUCGUUCACAUCGAACGGGCAAAACCACGUAUAUCGCUGUGUUGUUCUUCCGCGUUCUAGUAGAUUUUACAUGGUAUCGGAGCAAGUCGUGAUCUCACUCUGAAAUUGCGAUUAUGACGAUUAGAGAUGAUGGUGGUUCGGCCGGCAAGAACGUCGUCACCGACGUUGAGACUAUCGCGGUGACCUCGCCUCUUUAUCUCCAUCCUUUAGAGAAUCCAGGCCAAUUGUUCGGGAGUGAUCUCUUGACGGACUCAAACUAUGGUGAGUGGGUUAACGAUAUGACCGAAACCCUAAUCGCCAAGAACAAACUAGUUUUUGUUGAUGGAAGUUUUUCUCGCUCCAAGGCCGGACCUGGAAUCCGCAAUGAUGCUUGGGGACGAUGUGACGUCACCGUAAAAGGGUGGUUGAAAACGACAAUGAUCAAGGAAGUGAGAAAUAGCGUUCGUGCGGCUAAAAAUGCACGGGAUAUCUGGGCUGACCUUUAACAAAGAUUCGGCAAAGGCUCCGUAAGAAGGGCUUAUGAACUCCGCAGAACUAUUGGGGCGCUGAGGCAGGAGAAGCUUUCGGUAUCCACUUUCUACACCAAACUUGUCACUUACUCGGAUGAGUUGCACUCAGUGACAAUUAACCCUCGUUGCACCUGUGGUACGUGCACCUCUGAUGUUGCACGACAGACGAGAGAAAAGACAGAGUCGGAGAGGCUUUUUGAUUUUUUGCUAAGGUUGGAUGAUGCCUUCUCGGUGGUCCGAUCGCAGAUUGACUCGACUCUACUGUCACUCCAGGAAUUAGCCAAGUGUAACCACUUCCUAAAGCGUAGUAUAGCGGGUUUGGGUUUAAUUAUCAACCCGGGUCCUAGAUAUGAUGACUACUCAGUGAAUUCUUGUUAUCUAGCAAUGAAACUGGAAUGCAAGUCUAAACUAUCAAACUAACAAAGCAAGUAAACAGUUGUAUUCAGGUUAAGAGAGGUCACCCGGAUAUGGUUCCACCUAGACUGCAGUUAAGCCGGAUUGUAAUUACCAAGUUCAGUUUCUAUGAAAGUUAUACUGCGGAAGGUUCUUAAACAGCCUGAAGUCUCGACUAAAGGUCUUCAGACCCUCUCAAUCUGAAUCUCUAGCUGGCGACUAACCUCCACCGGAGUAGACAGAUUGAGGCCCUAAGAACAAAACUCCACUACCGGAGUAAAUCCGGUACAGAAUAGUGAGUUGGCUCCUCGACUAAAGUCACCAACUCCCUACCUUCAAUCAAGGAUACUCUAUUAACCUAGGCAGAUAUUCUCAUUCUAGGUUAAAGCAGAAACAACAGGAAUUUGAUCAGGAUUCAAGUCAUUCAAUCAUUAAAACCUCAAUCGAAUAUAAUCAAUCAUAGAAUCAGUACUUAGGUUCAUACAAUCAAAGCCUAACAUACAAAUCUAGGGUUCUCCAUACCCAGAUGAAUGGGAGAACUACUCCAUGGAGAAGAAAGCAAAAGCAGAAUCAGACACGGAAUUCAUACUGCGAAGGAUGGAUUCCUGCUUCUGGACGUUGAUUGGCACUUCUCCAAGCUCAAGCUGGCCUCCAAUGGUGUUGAAGAUCAAUCUAGGGCGCUUGGGAACUCUUGUUCGUCGCUUUCUCUCUCUAGGAAUCGUUCUCUCUCUCAAAAACUCGAAUCCCCCCGAAUUGUGGCUGAAAAUCUGCUUAAAAAGAGAAAACCCCGACUCACACGACCAGGGUGGCACGGCCGUGCAGCUCACCCAGUUGCCCGUGUGAGUCAAAACGCAGCGUAUCACUUAGUUGAAUUCCAGGCUCUUUGCACGGCCAGAGUGGCACGGCCGUGUGAACAUCCCUUCUUGCCCGUGUUUGCUCUCGCAGAAUGUGGCACGGCCGUGUGAACAUCCCUUCUUGCCCGUGUUUGCUCUCGCAGAAUGUGGCACGGCCAAACUGGUCACAAACACGGCCGUGUGGAUUGUCUGUUCUGCCCGUGUCUGCUCUCGCACAAUCCCACACGGCCAGACUGGCCACUUGCACGGCCGUGUGGGUUGUGGGUGUGGCCGUGUGACAUCCUUUGUGACUUGCCUCGCGCCCGAUCUUCACCCAAUCGACCCCGAACUCGCUCCUAAACCUUCAUUCACUUGCCAAGAUCUGAAAUAUCACAAACAAGCACAACCUAGCGUGAAAUCGGUCUAAAACACGAGAAACCACAUCUCCAACGGUGUAAGAACAGGGGUGAAAACAUGUGUAACUAACGGUCUAUCAAACUCCCCCACACUUAACCUUUUGCUUGUCCCCAAGCAAACCUAACUCAAACCAAUGCAACUCUCCCGACCUCUAUAGCAACAAACAACCCAAAUCGUAGGUAGAGGACUUCCUAGAUCAUUUAGCAGCUUACGAGGUCAACCGACGCACAAGUCAUCUCAUAACUUCUUCGGCGAGUCGGCAUCAUGGCAAAUAGUGAACAGAGGACAAAUGAAUUGUGGAUGAAGAG